AUGCAUCCAUCCACCAUGGCCGCCACCGCCAGGGAAGCAAGCACCGCAGGUUCGUCGUCGCCGCGCACCAGCUUCGUCGCGGACUCCCUGAUCCUCCCCACGCGCAACGGCAGGCUCUUCGCGUCCGCCUUCGCGCUCGUCUACGUCCACACCUUCGUCUCCCUCUCCGUCGCCGUCCUCUACGCCCACCCCCUCGCCACCGCCGUCCUCCUCCGCGUGUACUCGCUGGUCAGGGACAACGACGGUGGCCCCGGGAGGAGCCAGCACGUCGUCUACGCGUCGGAAAGCGACAACGAGAUCCGGGGACACGCCAAGAAGCUGCUCGUCGUCUACCUCGCGUACCUCGCCAGCCAGCUCGCCACGCGGGUCGCCGUCGCGCUCGCCGCCUCCGCGACGUGUCGGGGUGACCGGCGCCCGCGCUCGCUGGCCGAGCUCGUCCGCGGCAAGGCGGCAGCGGGGAGGGUCCGCGGCACCUUGGCCACCGCCGCCCUCGUCGCCGUCGUCGAGCACGCGUCGUUGGCGGCUCUUCUCGCGUCGUGCCUCGCCCUCGCGUCGUGGCGCUGGUGGACGAGCGGUGCCGCUGCCCGGUCGGACGCCGCAGCGUCUUUUGUGACGGGCUACGUGCUGUUCCUCCUCCUCCUCCUUCUCCUCUCGCACCUCUUCCUCGCCGCGGUGUUCCAAGUGGCGAUCGCCGCGUCGGCGGCAGAUGAAGGUUACGGGGAAGGCGGAACACGCGCUGCUUUCCGGCGGGCGUGGCGGCUCAUGGCCGAGAGGGCGAGGAGGAAGGAGGCCGCCGUGAUGGUGGUCGUGGCGAGCCUCCUUCCGGUUGCCAUCUCCCCGGCGUACGCGUUUGCCAUGUACUGUUCUCAGAGGGCACCCGAUGCCGGUAUCAUCGGUGUCCUCCAUGGAUAUCUUCUCCCGUCCGUCGGCGUGCAGCUCUUGUCCACGGUGGCGGCCGCGAUGUUCUACCACCGGUGCAUGGAGCAUCAUCAUGAUCCGGCUGUCCUUCAACCGAGGACGAAACUAGCUAUAGCUAAAUCCUCCGUGAUUGAUUAA